AUGAAGGAUCAACGGAGAUUCAGAGAUAUUCUGCUCAAAUGCAAAGCCGAGGGAUUUCCAGAUCUCUCCGAGGAAGAAACACAGAUCCUCAAAGAUUCCUUGAUAUCACAUAAAGAUAUUAAGGAAGAAGAACAUGUGUCCAUAGCCGAUGUCAAAAGAAGAAUCCAGAAGUGCUAUCACGAGGAUCAUUUGGAUAUGCGGAACAUAAUCCAGGAACAGCUUGAUUUAAAGUUGAUCGAACCAGGGAAUUCACCUUACAGCAGUCCUGGAUUUCUGGUUCAGAAAUUCCCAGAAGAUCUCAAGGAAAAGAAGCAGCUCCAAAGUUUUCUGGGGGUUGUUAACUUUGUAGGGAUGUUCAUCAAAAACCUUGCAGAGCAUAGGAAAAUCUUCAGCCCACUCCUGAAGAAAGAUGUUCCAUUCAUAUGGAAGGAGGGGCAUCGCGAGGGCAUGAAAAAGCUAAAAGAGAUUUGCAAAAAUCUCCCAAAGCUUUCAAUACCGCAAGAUGAGGACGAACUACGCGAGUGA